AGUCGUAUGUUUACAGCCUUAAAAAGUUAAGUUUGCGUGCUUUAAAUACAACACCGAGUCCUUCUUCCGCCACUGUUCAUUUUAAGGAGUCACAAAAAAACAAAAAGAUUGGAAACUUCUGCAAGAAUUGUGGAAAUAUCGCUUUUACUUUGAAGAACAAAGUCGGGACCGGAAGUAGAACCGGAACAUAAAACGUCAAACUCGAGUUCCGCAUUAGCUUCAGAAACACCACAAACACAGUGUAGGUGCGAUAUUAAGCACUGAUAUGGAUUUAUAAACUCCUUGUUUUUAUUCAUGGAAACAUAAAUUCGUUUUGACGUUUACGCCGAAGCACGGAAUAACCGUCCACGCGCGUGACGACGGUUAUUUUAGUGAGCAGCAAUGAGCGACAGCCCUGCAUCUAUCCAGAUGGACGAGGUCAGGAGGAAAUCCCAGGCCCUCCUCUCCGCCUCAGGUGUUUCCCAGGAUGUGAAGGCGGAGGUCCAGACCAUGGCCGGCAUCGCCCUGCCUUUCUCAGAGAAGUACCUUCACCUUGGAGUGGAGGGCGUGUUGAGGGAGAACACCGCCUGCCGCAACAAACGGGAGGUUCUGGAGUCUUUGAGUAGACUGGUCAAGGCCUUGAGUAUCCUGGAGAAGUACGGCUGUAACCUGACCAGUCCCGCCAGGCCCAGAUACUGGAGGAGCGUCAAGCACAACAACCCCGUCUUCAGAACCACUGUGGAUGCUGUUAAGGGAGGCCGGACAAUCUUGUUUCUCUACGGUUACACCAAUCAGCAGAUGGAUGGCCUCAGUUUCCCCGACGAAGUCACUGAACCAGACACGGAAAAAGUUGCUGCAGUGACGCUGGAGGUCAUGACCUUACGCACAGAGGUGGACAUGGUCGUUAAGGGCACACAUCCUCACCUGGAAUUAUUCAAAGGUAUCAUCCCUUUCAUCAUCCAGCAGGAUACUCUGGUGAGUGAUGCUGUGGUUAUCCUGCCUGCAGAGGAGCAGCAGGUUCUUCCACUGAAACCCACUCAGGGCCCCGCAGGACAACCUCUGAAAACAUCGACAGGCGCCUCUGCAGUGAGUAACUGUAACUUGUGUGGUGCCGCUUCGUCUCUGGUGUGCAUAUCUUGUGAAAAUCAAUCUUUCUGCGAUGCAUGUGAUGACCUCUUCCACCGCCACCCUUCCAGAGCCAAUCACAAGAGAGAUAAAAUGCAGAAAACCAAACCGGGGACCUGCACCAUCUGUGGCACUUCUGCUGUGCACGCUCAGUGCUCCACCUGCGACCAGAGGCUUUGUGAGAACUGUGACAAGCUUUUCCACUCUCACCCUGACCGCAUCGGACAUAACAGAAAUAUUAUUUCACCAGCCAAAACAUCCAGUCCAUCUCUGUCCCCUUGGGAGUGUGCUCAUUGCACUACAGUGAACGAGAUGCGCGCCGUCCUCUGCGUAACCUGCGAACGGCCUCGACUCGCUACGGCUGCAUCCACUGUUCAAGAAAGCCUGGGCUCAGUUCCUACAUCUCCCAACACAGAGUGGCAGUGUAAGAGCUGCACAGUUGUGAAUCAAGGCAGCAGCAUCCUCUGUGAGGUGUGCGAGCGCCCUCGUCUGGCCACUCGCCCCCCCGUCCCACCAGUGCUGUCCAGCCCAGGAUCUCUGCCGGACUCUGGAACAAAGUGGAUGUGCCAGUUCUGCACGUACGUAAACACACAUCCCAUUGUGGUGUGUGAGAUGUGCAACCUGUCGUGUAAAGACUCUGCUGGAUUUUCUCUGCCUCGGUCUCUCCAGCAGCCUCCGUCCAGCACAAAAGAAAAACCCAAGGUGGGUGUGAAGCCCACACCGAAGCCCAGAGUCGACGUUGAGGAGAAAAGACAGAAGAUGAUGAGGGAAGACGGCCUCAAUCUCCUCCAACAGAUCAGAGAAGCAGAAAAGCGCGGCAUCAGUGCUGAGGAGGUGUACGCAGCCAUCUGCAUGUGCGGCGGCAGCAACACGAACCCCUGUGAUUGGCUGACGUCAGAGCUGCCUCAUCUGCUGGAUGAAAUCUGCGCCAUGGCGGCUUCUGUCCAGCUAAACUACAAAGCAGGGGACUCUGGGAUACAACCCGUGGUGGAGAGAGUCGGAGAGGAGGCGGAGCAGAGCACUCCCAAUGUCACAGGCGAAGGUGCGAAGCUGUCGAGAGCCGAGGCCAAGCUGGCCUGGUUGUCAGCAGGAGGAGACACGGACAGAGCUGUGAGACAGCUGCUGAGAGACAGACGGGUCAAGAUGAAGGAGCUGCACUCUCUGGGCUUCAGAGACGUGUUUCAGUGUGAGGAGGCCCUGCGGCUGAGUGGAGGAGAAGUGAAGGGGGCUCUGUCUCUGCUGCAGCGCCCUGUACUGGAGCCCUUCCACCAGCGAAUCUGGAAAGACCAGCCCGAGCCGCCAAUUGAUCCGAAAGACCCGGACAAACAGAGGAUGUGCAGGCGUCUGCUGGCACUGUACGACCUGCCCAGCUGGGGGCGCUGCGAGCUCGUCCUCUCCUUGCUCCAAGAGCCAGACGUCACCUAUACUCUGGAGGACGUAGUGCAAGCUGUGAAAGAGUCGCAAGACAAGGAUUUCAUCAGACGUGUCCUCACCAACGAGUGCCCCUGCUGUCUGAGCAUCUUUCCCCGCAGCAAGAUGCAGUCCCUGACUUCCUGUCAGUGCUCCGUGUGCCACGAGUGCUUCGGGCGCUACUUCACCCUCACCGUGAGAGACAAACACAUCAGAGACAUGGUGUGUCCCGUCUGCGGCGAGCCGGACAUCAACGACCCCGAACAACUGGACAGCUACUUUUCCACGCUGGACAUACAGCUGCGGGUCUGCCUGGAGCUGGACGUGUACAAUCUAUUCCAUAAAAAACUAACUGAGCACACUCUGAUGAAAGACCCGAAGUUCCUCUGGUGCUGUCAUUGCACCUCCGGGUUUAUCAACGAUGGAGACCAGCUGAAGGUCACCUGCCCGUCUUGCCGCAAGAGUUUUUGUGCUCAGUGCAAAAAAGCUUGGGAGCCGCAGCACCAGGAUCUGUCCUGUGAGCAGUUCCAGCAGUGGAAGAGGGAGAACGACCCAGAGUACCAGAAGCAGGGUCUGGCAGGCUUCCUGAGAGACAACGGCAUCACCUGUCCUAACUGCAGGUUCCAGUACGCUCUGUCAAAAGGCGGCUGCAUGCAUUUCAGCUGCACCCAGUGCAGGUACCAGUUCUGCAGCGGCUGCAACAACCCGUACCACAAGAUGGCAUGCAAGACGGCCCAGUGCGGUUAUACGGGUCUACAUGCUCAUCACCCCCGCGACUGUCUCUUCUACCUCAGAGACUGGGAGCCGUCCAGACUACAGGCCCUGCUGACGAGGAGCGGAGUGGAGUUCAACACCGAUCCUUCCAAUGGAGCUCAAACUGAUGCUUGUUGUGUGAUAGAGCAGAAAGAUGAAGCAGGUCGGCAGAUUGAUUCACCGUGUGGCCUUAAAACACAGCCGGGAAAAGCUGGACUCUGCGAGAAGCACUACAGGGAGUACCUGGUGAGUCUGAUAAACUCUCACUCCCUGGACCCCGCUCUGCUCUACGAGCCCCAUGAGGUGAUCCGGACCUGUGAGAGACACCAGGUGGACACGCAGAGAAGAGAGAACGAGGACGAUAAUGGCCACUAUGAUCGACUCCUUAAGAACCUGAUGGAGGUCCCGCUGGUAGACAAAGUCCCUCGAAACAAAUAAAUGUCGGAAAAUGGCCGGCUUCCAGAAGUCAUCCUGCAUCUGAUCUUACACAACAAGAAUUUAGUUUGCAGCUCAGGGUGUUUUUAGUCAUGUUGGUGUCCACCCUUUGACAACACUUCUGACUCCAGCGAAUGUCUGUUGCAAAAUAAGAAACAUUAAUUUGGUGGCAGCCGUUUCUGAUUUGUGUUUUAUUUCUCUGUCGCUCUGUCAGUUUUCUCUCCUUGUUGAUCAUCAUGAUGAACUGAUACUAAUACUGAAAGGAAUUUAUUUGCGGUGUGGGAGUUGGAUCUUGCACAUCGUUACAAAUGUUUUAUUUCAGAACUAUGUAGCAAUGUUGGGAAAAAUUAUAUAAAUAAAUACAGAAAUUAAACUAUAUAGGGUAAACAUUUGAUAUUUUUUUAUCAAAGACUGUUUAGAUUUUUGGUUUCACUUUAUGACGAAUGAAUCAAUAAAUAAAUGUCUUGAUUAUUUUUGAAAUGAGGAUUUAUUGAUGUACUUAAUCACUAUGUCGGUGAAAUCAUUAAACAUACGAAGGUCAAAAUCA